AUGGCUAUGCACAGUGUUCCUCUCAUAGCCUUCCUCAUUCUCGCUGCACUUGUUCUUUACAAGUUUAUCAUCUACCCUGCCUUUAUCUCUCCGCUAUCUAAGAUUCCGGCGCCUCACCCAAUAUGCCAUGUAUCGCCGGCCUGGAUCCUAUGGAAGCGCCUCACGGAAUGGGAAAUUCGAAGUAUUCAUGCUGCACAUGAGAGACUCGGACCUGUUAUUCGAAUUGGUCCCAGUGAGCUCAGUGUCAACUCUGUCAAGGGAGGGCUGCAGACGAUCUAUGCUGGGGGGUUUGAUAAGCAUGAGUGGUAUCCGCGUGCUUUUCGGAACUAUGGACUCCCGAACAUGUUCUCCACGAUUGCCAACAAGCCCCAUUCUGUCCGCAAACGAAUCAUUUCCAACAUCUACUCUAAGUCCUUCCUGGCCUCCUCGCCAUCCCUCAAGACCAUAACCCAGCAUCUCCUCCAUGAUAACUUCAUCCCACGACUCUCCACCUAUGCGCGUUGCGCUACCCCAGUGGACAUCUAUGCCAUCUUCAGCGGCAUCGCCAUGGACCUCGUCUCCUCCUACAUGUGCGGCACAGACGCAGCCACAGACUUCAGCAACGACCUACAAGAACGCACCCGCAUCUUGGAAGUCUUCAACAGCCGCCCGUCCUACCUCUUCUACACCCAAGAGCUCCCCUUUCUAACCUCCUUCCUCCGCCGCAUCGGCAUCCGGCUCGUCCCCCGCCGUAUCGACGCCGCGAACGCCGAGAUCGAGACGUGGGCCAUGCAGAUCUUCGACGCAGCACGCCUAUCCAUGCUCAGCUCACCCACCGACACAUCCAAGGGCUCACAGCGGGAAUCCACCAGCUACCCGACCGUCUACGCGCAGCUCGCAGCGGCGCUGACCAAAGAUCCCGAAAAAGCGACCAUCGACCCCCUCACGCCCCCUUCGACGCACCACCUGGCCAUCGCAUCCGAAUGCUACGACCACCUCGCCGCAGGCUUCGACACCAGCGGCAUCACGCUGACCUAUCUCGUGCACGAGCUCAGCCAGCGUCCCGCGCUGCAAAAGGCUUUGCGGAACGAACUGCUGACUCUCUCGCCGCCCCUUACCGCCGCCGCCGCCGCUGCUGACGCGCCAGUGCUCCCGGACUACAAGGCCCUGGACGCCCUCCCCCUCCUCCACGCCAUCAUGCAGGAGACCCUGCGCCGGCAUCCCGCGAUCCCCGGCCCGCAGCCGCGCGUCACGCCGCCGGGGACGAGUCUGGGACCGCCGGGCCACGAGUUCCACGACAUCCCUGCCGGCGUGCGGGUCAGUUGCCAGGCAUACAGUUUGCACCGCAACGACGCCGUGUUUCCAGACCCUGAGGCGUGGAAGCCUGAGCGGUGGUUGAAUGAGAAGGGCGAGGUUGUGAGCGCCGAGGACGGCGAGCAGGCGCGCGAGAUGGGGCGGUGGUUCUGGGCAUUUGGGAGUGGGGGACGGAUGUGUGUGGGGAGUAAUCUGGCGAUUUACCAGAUGAAAUAUAUCGUUGCGGCGAUUUAUUCGAGUUUUGAGACGUCGAUUGUGGACGAUGCGGGAAUCGAGCAGCUUGACAGGUAUACUGCCGGGCCGACUGGUGGUAAGCUGAUCAUAAGGCUGAAGGCGGUUUGA